AUGAACCACUUCCCCGAAGCCUGGGGCCGACCCAGGGACGAUGUCUACGGCGCUUACAACUCUUCAUACCUCCAAACUAGCGGCCCUAAGACACAUACCUCUUCGCCGGCCGUGACGGGAACGUCGGUCAUUGGCGUGAAGUUUAAUGGCGGUGUCGUCUUGGCCACCGACAACCUAGCAUCGUACGGAUCCCUCGCGCGGUUCACUGACGUGAAGCGUCUGCGCUCCUUUGGCGACAAGGCGGUGGUCGGUUUCGGUGGAGAUGUGUCCGACAUGCAAUACAUUGACCGUCUCCUCGAAUCGAUCGAUAUCCGAGAGAACUACUCCACUCACGGAAACAUGCUCAAUGCCAAGAACCUGCACACUUACCUCGCCAAGGUCUUCUAUAAACGGCGCUCUGAGUUCAACCCGCUGUGGAACCACGUCCUUGUUGCAGGCUUCGAUGGAGAUGGCGAGCCGUUCCUCAGCUCAGCAGAUCUUCUGGGAACGACUUUCUCUGCCCCGCACCUGGCGACUGGAUUCGGUGCUCACCUUGCGGUUCCGAUCCUGCGACGAGUAUUCCCCGACGAGAAGCCGAUCGAAGAAAUCAGUCGGGACCAAGCUGUUGCGGCCUUGAAGGACUGCUUGAAGGUGCUGUUCUAUCGUGAUGCACGGAGUCUGGACAAAUACUCCAUAGCCGUGAUUACCAAGGAGGGCAUUGAUUUGAAGGAGAACGAACAGCUCGAGGGCCAGAGCUGGGCCUUUGCCGAGAGGAUCAAGGGAUACGGGGCCCAGACAAACUAG